UAAGACUUAAUAGUCUCUAUUAUAUUUGAAUUACUACUGUAUGUCGGUUUGUUCUCCAGGUGUGUUUGGUGAUGUAGAUGAAGUGGUGUCAGUGUCAGUGAUGGAGGGAGAUUCUGUCACUCUACGCUCUGAUGUUACUGAUGUACAUGAUGUGAUCGAGUGGAGGUUUCAAGGAUUUCUCAUUGCUAGAGUCAACAGAGAGUCUAAUAAGGUCUCAAAAAAGAUUACUUAUUAUGGAGGGUUCAAAGACAGACUGGAGCUGGACAUUCAGAGUGGAGAUCUCAAAAUUAAAAAUAUCAGAAACACAGACACUGGAGAAUAUAAACUAAAGAUUACCAGCACAGAAUCAUCCUCAAAGAUAUUCAACAUCACUGUUGUGUCUGAUCCUCGGUCUGACGGAGUGACGGUUGUGUCAGUGAUGAAGGGAGAUUCGGUUGUCCUACACACUGGUGUUCCUAAAAUACAGAAUGACGAUGAAAUACUAUGGAGAUUUAGAGAUAAAGAUGUUAUUGCUAAAAUGAAGAAAGAUGAACACAUCUUCUCUACAUAUGACCAUAUUGCUGAUGGGAUAUUCAGAAGCAGACUGCACCUGAAUCUUCAGACUGGAGAUAUCAUCAUCAGGGACAUCAGAAACAGCACUUCUGGACUUUAUGAAGUUGAUUUCAAGAAGAGCAGCUACACCACACACAAGUCAUUCAAUGUUAUUGUCAGUGAUCAGCUGAACAGAGUGCAAGUGAAGGAGGGAGUUUUUAUCACUUUGGGAUCUGGUCUUACUAAUGUAGAAGGAGAUGAUCUGGUUCAAUGGAGAUUUGAACAUGAAGACCAUGUCAUAGCAAAAAUCAACAAAUCAGCUUCAUCAUCCUCUACAUUUGAUGGGGCUAAUGGAAGAUUCAGAGGCAGACUGGAGCUGGAUGGUGAAACUGGAUCUCUGACCAUCAGAAAGAUCGCAGCUGAACACACUGGACUCUAUCACCUUGAUAUCACCGGCAGCAAACACACCAUAUUCAAGAAAUUCAUUGUUUUUGUCUGUGCUGUUCCAGAUCCAGGUCUGUCUCCAGCUGCUGUAGCAGGGAUUGUUGUUAGUGUUGGUGUUUUUCUGCUCGUGGUUGCAGCUGCAAUUUACUAUUACCAAACAAUGGCAAGUAUCACCUAUAUCUUAAAGCAAAAGGAAAACAUUUUUAUUUUGCUAAAUUAUCAUUUAACUGUGUGUAAUUGA